AAAGUUUUAAAAAAAAAUAAAUAAAAACAAUAAAAAAGGUCUCUGAGUACAACGACAAGGCACCACUAGCCUUGCAGCUUCAUUUCAACGGACGCGGGCCUGUAAGGGCGCCACGCGCACACCGGGCGCACCUUCUACCACAAUGCUUUGCGCAAGAAGGCCGGAAAUGUCUACAUCGGACGUUACCAUAUGCAUUCUGGGAAUGGUAGUUCAUCCUUCAAGAACGACGAGUUUAAGGUUUCGAGUCACCUGUUACUUCGUUUAAAGUAGCAGGAACCAGGUGGCCCAGGCUCCUCCGUCUGCUUACGUCUCAUCAAAGACCACGGGGACCGAUCAGAUCAGACACCGCACAUCCAGGCUGCGUCCGGCGCCGUGCUUUCUCUCCGAGUGCUGGCUAUCAUGACAACUUAAACGGGGUGCCAGGCGAAUCCGGUGGUAAAUUCGACGAGGCGUCUCCGAGAGGCUGCGGGAGCGAGCCAUGGAGUGGUCCCUGGAGGGCGUGCGGGAGUUGGUGGCGGGUGGCAUGCAGUCGAUGCGGGAGUGCGAAUCCAGCGCGCUCGGCACAGGCCUCUGCCUCCUGCUGCUCUUCGUCUGGUACUGCUACCGCGUGGGCCGCGAGCACAGCACCCCCCCGGCGCUGCGCGGAGCCUACGGCGCCGAGGCGGGGCGCGGCGCCGGCACCCGGGCAGCGCUGAGCGGCCCCCAGAUGAGGGGCGCGUCCAAGGGAAGACCGGCAGCCGGGGCGGAGGAGCAGAACGGCUUUGCCUACUGCCAGUCCCCCGAGUGCUUCCGAUGUGGCCACGGGGGCGAGGGCCUCAACCAGCGGCUGUAUCACAGCCUCCAGGACUACGCCAAACGCUACACCUGGGCCGGCAUGGGCCGCGUGCACAAGGGCGUGCGCGACCAGGGCCGCUACCUGUCCAGUCGGCCCUCGAUCCAGAAGCCCGAGGUAUUCUUCCUGCCCGACCUGCCCUCGGCGCCGUUCUUCUCGCGCGAGGCGCAGAAGCACGACGUGGAGCUGCUGGAGCGCAGCUUCCCGGCGCUGCUGGCUGAGUUCGAGAGCGUGUACCACCAGCCGCCCGCCCGCGCCGGCUCGCCGCUGCCGCCUGGCUGGAAGGCCAACGGCACGCCCCACGGCCAGUGGUGGACCUUCUACCUGGUGAACCAGGGCACGGCGCUGGCCCUCAAUGCCAGGAGGUGCCCGCGGGCCUGGAGGGUGCUGGGCCAGCUGCGCACCUUCAUCGCCAACAACGUGUUCGGCAACGCCUGCUUCUCCGUGCUGAGUCCUGGGGCGAUGGUCGCCGAGCACUACGGACCCACGAACGUCAGGCUGCGCUGCCACCUGGGUCUGAGAGUGCCCCCUGGCUGUGAGCUCGUUGUCGGCGGGGAGCCGCAGUGCUGGUCCGAGGGCAGCUGCCUCCUGUUCGACGACUCCUUCCUGCACACCGCCCUCCAUGAGGGUGAGGGAGAAUCUGACGGGUUGGGGGUUCCAGGGGGUGUGAAAAGUUUGGGGCAGCGUGGAGGAUGGCCCUCGGGUGGUCUUCAUGGUGGACCUCUGGCAUCCGAAUGUGGCGGCGGCCGAAAGACAAGCCCUCGAUUACAUCUUCACGCCCGGGCGCUGAGGAAGAGGGAGAGGGAGAGAAGGAGGGAGAGAGGGAGAGGGAGAUUUGAAAAAAUGAAAGUUUCACUUUUUUGUAAUUUCCAGCACCACCCCCUGUACAUACUGUAUAUCUCCAGUCCCAGUAACGUCUGCGCUGUGGGACCCAGUUUGUCCAGACAGACUGUGUCCGACAUGCAGUUUUAAUGUUUACAGGCCGCACCACCUCGCUCAGCACCCGCUCCUCAGCAUCCACCCCCUGCGCUCGCACCCGGAGCCGCAGAAAGCACAGACAUGCCAGCGACACCCUCCUCCUCCCCAGAGCCCAAACUCAGAGCGACCUUUUUACACGCACACGGCUGCACCUCUGAAGGAGCACAGAAGUCCUCUUUUUACCUUUCUAGUCCUCGAUUUACCAGGGAAGAGUAAAGGGCGUGAGCAGAAGAGGUGGUUUCAAUAAGGUCCAGCUUGUUGGUACAAGUGUAACGCUGGGUAGCUGGGGGGGGGGGACACAUCAGGAACCGGUUUCUUACUGUUUGUAGUUUAAUACACAACGCUUUUGUACAGGCUGCUUUCGGCGGCGGCGAUUUUCCCGGCUCUCUCCUUCCUGUUCUGUGUGUUCGUCCUUCUUUCUAGAUGACGUUCUGGCUAUCGAUUCGUGGAUGUACACACCUUGGUGUAUUUACACGUUUUGUUUAAAAAAAAAAAAAAAAAAAAAAUUUGCAGUUUCAAGCAGUGUUCCGGUUGUUAUGUGAUACUUUCGGCCUCAUUCCAGUUUCGGCGUGACAUUCCUCUUUCCAAGGUUCUAGCUUCUUGCACUGGACAGCAAAGCGGUCGAAAAGGCUGUGUGGCCAAGGACUCGGCGUCGAUGCAGGUGGCGCUUCGCCGAUGUCGCCGUCGGCAACGCGAAGGUCACGGCCGGCCUCCCUAUUGCACUCGGCGCAGGAUGGAGCGCGACGGAAGUUCAAGUGGCGCUGAGAGUGGACCGGACCACCGGGUGGCGCUACUGAGCACAGACUCCCCCGUGGAUUUGUACAGUGUGUUUUCCAGACACACAACCCUUUCUGUGGUCUUAAGGGGGUAAUGAGUGGACGAGAGUUUAAAAAACACCGUCAGCUAAGCUUCCGGUGGCCGCGCUCAUCCGCUCGGUUUUGUUUGAAGCACAAAUGCAUCCUGGUUUAUGUUAAUCAAACAGAUUAAAGCUUCCGUUAACUGU